AUGCAGCACAACGGCCAUCCCCUUAGCAGCCGGUCACCGCCUGCAGCCAACACCAAGUCGAUCCAGCAGCAGAACUCAACCCAGAGCCAUGACCAGAGCCAUGACCAGAGCCAGAAUGAGCAGGACUCUGACGACGGUAACCAGCUGCAGAGCGCCGACGAGAACGACCUUGACCAGGACGAUCAGGAUGUCACCCGUCUUGGGAAGCGCAAGAGACCCAUAUCUGUUUCUCGCAACGGUGCCUUAUGCGAAUACAAGGAACGCAAAAAGCCCGGUCUCCGUGCCGGCUACGGACGCGAGCUGGAGCAGCGUCUGGAUAAGCUUGAGGAAAUCCUCAGGGCCCAUGCCGAGAUCCUCCAGGCCACCUUGACCUCCAACCAACACCACGCCACGGCACCAAGCAUACGGAAUAGCAACCCGAGCCUGCCAAGUGACCACGGCACACCGCGCGAAGCCAAUGCCUUGUUCCGGCCGUCCGAAUCCAUUCGGACCCCCCAGGCCGAGACGGCUCUAUUCCUUCAAAAGCCGUCAUCCUAUCCCUCAACCACGCAGUCCUUGGAGUUUGGGAUGCCGCCGCCGACCCCAUCGAUGCACGAAUUCCAGGGACAAAUGCCCAUGACCAGCAUGUCCGCGCCAACUAGCCACGUCUCUGCCAUGUCCCACCCUAGCAGCGCGGCCCAGGAAUACUAUGGCACAAAUCAAACGCAGCUUCAUUCUCCCGACGUGGCCAUGGCGCAAAGCCAGGCCUCAACUGCACCCGAUCAGGAGCUACCGCCAUAUGACCUACUCUACGCUUUGGUCGACCUGUACUUCAAGCAUAUCAACACCUGGUGUCCCAUCCUUCACAGGAAGACGACGCUAGACUCCUUGUUUGGGCCUUCGACCUUGGAGGAGUGUGAUCGCAUCCUUCUGCAUGCCAUCGUAGCCACGACGCUUCGGUACUCGACCGAUUCGAGGCUUACCGACGAGAGCAGGCAACAUUAUCACUCAAUCUCCAAACAAAGAGUCUUACUCUACGGCAUGGAAAACUCUUCAGUCAAAGCCCUGCAAGCCUUGGUAAUACUUGCUCUGGAUCUGGUCGGCAACAGCAACGGCCCUCCUGGAUGGAACAUCAUGGCCUUGAUCACGAGAUCGGUUGUGCAACUCGGGCUGGCCGUGGAGAGUACCUCCUUCUCGGUCUCGCCCAAUUUCACCUCCAUCUACACCCUCAGGGCCAUGAUCCUACCAGAACCCAAGGAUUUUAUCGAGGAGGAAGCCAGAAGGAGGCUUUUUUGGAUGAUUUAUCUCCUGGAUCGGUACGCCACGCUGGCCACGGCUUUCGAAUUCGCACUGGAUGACAAGGAAGUCGACCGAACUCUACCAUGUCGGGAUGAUCUAUGGAUCAAGAACCAAAAGGUCGAGACACGGUGGUUCCGAACCCACGACCACCCGGAGGACACGAAUCCCGAGUACGACAUCAACAAGCCAGAGAACCUAGGAGCUUUCUCGUACUACAUAGAGAUCCUAGCAAUACUGUCCAAGAUCCACAAGUUCCUAAAGCAGCCUGUUGACAUCAGCGCUUUGAGCGACGUGGAGCAAUGGCAGAUGCGGUACAAGGAGCUGGACAACAUGCUUACUUCAUGGAAGUUCGGUCUCCCUGGUGAAUAUGGUAACAUGGCAAAGCUAUUUCAACCCGGCAACAAGACACUCAACUGCGGGUGGGUGAUGCUGCAUGCCACCUAUCACACAGCCGUCAUUCGACUGCACUCCUCAGCCGCGUAUCCCACAACUCGGUCGCCAAUUUUCACUCCUUCCUACAGCGCUUCGCAGCGCUGUCACGGCGCGGUCGAGAACAUCGCAGCGCUGGGUGAGUUCGUCGUCAACAGCGGUCUCUUGGCAAAGCUGGGCCCCCCUUUCGCCUUCACUCUCUGGGUGGCCUCACGUCUGCUGCUGGUCCAUGGUUCUACCGUGGAGCACAAGCUAUCCCCUCAGAUCCAAUUCUUCGUGGAGACGUUGCGGGAAAUGGGUCGCUACUGGCCGGUGGCAGCGCGCUACUGUGUUCUUCUACAACGUGUUCUCGACGAGCAUCGCGAUAGUGAGCGGCAAGGAGAUGGUGUCACGCCCAGUUCGGUCAAGAUAUUGGCCGACAUGCGGCGUACGGCGUUUGACCUCGACUUUCUCAUCUCUCGACAACCCCGUGCAAAUGGUAUGCCUAACCAUAGUCGGCUUCCAAGCGUUACGCCGGCGAGAACGCCGGCACCAAAUGAGCUCGAAUACCUGGACGUGUUUGAUUUCUUCAACGUGCCGCGGUUGCCCGUGGGCAAUGAGAACAUUGUCGGUAUCCAGCAGCAUACCAUGAGCAAUUCCAACGGGCAAAAUGGAGUCUCGUCGGGGAUGGAUGGCAACAGCGAGAACGGCAGCUCACAUGCCCCGGCUCCGCAAGGCAACGAGUUCAACAUCACAAACUUUAUGGUUGACGCCAAUAGCGACUGGCUGUUCAAGCAGGAGGGUGCUAAGUUUCUUUCAUGA